CACCCAUCCCCCUUAUCUAUCCUUCAUCAUCCACCCACCCUCAAACCGAGCCCAUUCAACCACUUCUCCCCUCCACCGGCUCACGCCACAGCAUUUCCCUUCCUCUCCGGCCACCUGCGUUUCAGGUGAUCCUCUCCCUCUUGCCAGCCAUCCUUCUGCGGCUGACCGGAAAAGUGAAAAUCACAGGGAGGAGAAGGAUCUGGAACAAUAUAUAGUAGCCAAAGUCCAACUAUGGUUUCUCGUUAAUCGAUCCCAAGGCGAGUAAUACACCAUGUUUUACCUCCGGGUCCACUCAGUUGAUGUCAACCAUCCCAUCACCAUUGAAGACGCCGAGUUCUUUACCAACGCCUCCCCGUCGAACCCUAACCCUAAAUUCAGUGAGAGAAGAGGUGCAGUCUACCUUUAUCGGAGCACAUCGCAAAGCUCGCUUCCGAGCCCUAGCUCUCGAUCCACUUCCCUCUUCGUCGUCGCCGUCCCCAACUACCUCUCCACCCUCGACUUGAUCCGCUUUUGUGGGACUCACAUUGACAACAUCACUGAGCUUCUCUUCCUCAGGAAUGAUGGAAUGGAGGAUAGGUAUAGUGUAAUGAUAAGCGUAAUUGAUCAGUUGGCAGCUGAUAAACUCUACAAUAGCUUGAACGGGAAGCGGUUUUCCCCUGCUGAGGCCGAGGUUUGUCAUAUACUUUUCAUGCUUUCUGUGGAGUAUACAGAAUCAGCAGAGAUUGCAAGCACUCCUCCCCCAGGAUUCACAGAGCUCCCCACUUGUCCAAUUUGCCUUGAAAGAUUGGACCCAGACACUAGUGGCAUCCUCAGUACCCUUUGUGACCAUUCAUUUCAGUGCUCCUGCACUUCAAAAUGGACCUAUUUGUCCUGCAUGGUAUGUCGGUUUUGUCAGGAGCAGGAUGAGAAGCUAUCCUGUUCUAUCUGUGGAAGACAAGAUCAGGUUUGGGUCUGCCUGAUUUGUGGUUUUAUCGGGUGUGGAAGAUAUAAAGAAGGGCACGGUAUUCAGCAUUGGAAGGAUACUCAGCAUUGCUAUUCCCUUGAUUUAAGAACACAGCAAAUAUGGGAUUACGUUGGUGACCGAUAUGCUCAGCGCCUGAACCAGUCAAAGGUUGAUGGCAAAGCAGUUGAGAUGAACUCUCACUGUAUGUCACAUGAAGGAGAUUGUCACACUUGUGAAUGUGGUGAGGAUUCUGGAAUUAGUGGGGCCAUUUACAGCAGCAAAGUUGAAGCAAUUGUCGAUGAGUACAAUCACCUUCUUGCUACUCAGCUAGAGGCUCAAAGACAGUAUUAUGAAUCCCUACUUGUGGAGGCCAAAAGCAGAAAGGAUAGUUCUAUUUCUGAAGCAGUGGAGAAGGCUGUGACCUCUGGGAUGCAGGAGAUCCAAAGUAAACUGGAAAAGUUCACAGAGGAGAAAGAUGCUGUUGCAGAGAUCAAUCGAAAUCUCAUCAAAAACCAAGAUAUUUGGCGCAAAAAGAUGAAAGAAUUUGAAGAGAGACCAAUGGCACUAAAAUCUCACCGAAGCUCCUAUUUUGGUUUUAUUCUUAGGGAAAUUUCUCAAUUGAAGUUUAAGGAUGAAAAGAUACAUGAUCUAGAAGAGCAGAUAAGAGAUCUCACUGUUUACAUUGAAGCCCAGAAGAAACUCGGAGACAUGACAGAUUCAGAUGGCAUUAGGGGAGGAACAAUCUUACCUGUUCCUGCCACGCAACAGUCGUCAGCUAACAACAGGAAGCAGAAGAAGUUGGGUCGAAGACGCAAUUAGCUGACAAGUGAGCAAUGCUGGCGAGAAAAAUAGAUAUAUGGCUAUUGGCAAUGAUGACAUGCAUGCAAAGCAGUCACAUAUAAGUAAUUACAUUUGGUGUCAAGAUAGCAUAAAUCGUGUAGUGCACCUGAUUUAAUAUAAAUAUUACAUUUAGUGUCAAAAAAAAAAAAAAAGAUCUGGAAAUAUCCAUAUUUGAGUCCCAUGUAGUUCAGCCACGGAAGUGAUGGUUACAGGGGCAACCACAGGGCAUG